AUGGUGCGUUCGUUUCAGUACAGCAAUAACGCUGAGUUACCAUGGGUCGUUCAAAAAUUCGGUGGCACAAGUGUUGGAAAGUUUCUAGACAAUAUUGCCAACGAAGUUAUAAAAGAGUAUGUUAAGCAUAACCGCCUUGUUGUGGUUUGCUCAGCUCGUAGCGGAAAGGAUAAACAAACUGGCACUACUAACAGAUUGAUUCGAGCCGCCAAUGAUGCUUUGAAACCUGGAUCCACUGAAUAUCUUAGCAUUAUAUCAGACUUAUUAGAAGAUCACCUUGCUGUUGCCAGAGACAUGAUCAAAAACGACGAUAUUCGAAAGGAAUUGGAAAUGCACAUCAAAUAUGAGUGUGAUAAAUUGAAAUCAUUUUUGGAAGCAGCACAAAUUAUCAAUGAAAUAUCGCCUCGAUCGAAAGAUAUCAUUAUCGGUGUAGGAGAGAAACUGUCAUGUAGAAUUGUCGCUGCAGUCUUGCAGGAUAGGGAUGUGGAUGCUCAAUAUGUAUCAUUGGAAAACAUAGUUGACCGUGAGUUCGAUAAAUUGGAUCAAAGUUUUUAUGAUUACCUGGCCGAAAAAAUGGCUAAAGCCGUUAAGCAAUGUGGAAAUAAGGUGCCAAUUCUUACUGGGUACUUUGGAAUUGUUCCUGGUAGUUUGUUAAGCACCGUAGGCAGAGGUUACACUGAUCUUUGUGCAGCAUUGACUGCUGUAGGAUUAUCAGCUGACGAAUUACAAAUUUGGAAAGAAGUGGACGGUAUUUUCACCGCUGAUCCACGCAAAGUGAAAGCCGCCCGGCUUUUACCUAUCAUCACACCAGAAGAAGCCUCAGAAUUGACCUACUAUGGUUCAGAAGUUAUCCACCCUUUUACUAUGGAGCAAGUCAUUCGUUCGCAUAUCCCCAUCCGUAUCAAAAAUGUCGAGAAUCCUCGCGGACAGGGUACUGUUAUCUUCCCCACGGAUAUUCAUAGUAAAGACGGCACAGCUACACCCCCUCACUCCCCUCAAGUGUUAGAAGAAAAUGGCUACUCCAUUGAUUUGUCCCGUAAAUACCCCACAGCUGUAACGAUCAAAGAUCAUGUGGUGGUUCUUAACGUUCAUUCGAAUCGUAAGAGUGUCAGUCACGGCUUCUUUGCAAAGAUCUUUUCGACAUUAGACCGAUAUGGUGUGGUUGUGGAUCUCAUUUCGACGUCAGAAGUGCAUGUGUCAAUGGCUUUGGGUGAAGAUAACUUGGAUAAGGAUCUAAAUCACGUCAUCAAGGAUCUACGUGAAGUGGGUCGAGUCGAUGUUAUCAAGAAUCUUGCCAUUCUUUCUUUGGUUGGUAAGCAGAUGAAAAACAUGGUUGGUAUUGCCGGUAUGAUGUUUAGCACACUGGCUUCUGCGGGAGUCAAUAUUGAGAUGAUUUCGCAAGGUUCUUCAGAAAUCAAUAUCUCAUGUGUUAUCGAUGAGCGUUGUGCAGUUACAGCUAUGAAUGUUAUACACGAUCACUUACUAAGCAAACGCGGCAAAUUGAUCUUACCCUCUGUAAGGCUGGCACUUGAUGAAUAGAAUACUUUCCAUUGCUUCUUUUAAAUACAUUAAAAAUACCAUUUAUUUAUUUAAUUCGUAACGUUACGAUCGCGCAUGCCCUAUUUUUAUUAUCUCUCAGCAUGUAUAAAGCAAUGGCAAUCAUAAAGUUCCAUAUAAGAUCAAAAUUUGAGUAAGCGUUCGGGUAAAUGAAGCAGCAGGGCUUUAUAGAAUUGGAUCCGAACAACGUUUAUCGAAGAUCGAUAUCUAUUACAAGUUGCAAAUCUGUGUAUUGUAUUGUACUAUACUUUCAGUACAAUUGAAACGUUAUUUCUAUUUUUUUGUAAUACCUUUUUUUGCCUAAUAUACACAUGCUGUAAAAGCACGGUAAAAGACUUAGAAGUUUGAGAAAAACACAAAAGAUGAAAAAAAUAAAAUAAAAAAAAAAA